AUGGCAUCUGCCGGGUACCUCAUCACCUGGCUCCUGUGGGGCUACUUGCUGGAGCUCUGGACAGGAGGUCACACAGCUGACACCCCGCACCCCCGCUUACGCCUGUCACAUAAAGAGCUCUUGGAUCUAAACAGAACGUCAGUCUUUCAUAGCCCUUUUGGAUUUCUUGAUCUCCAGACAAUGCUACUGGAUGAAUAUCAAGAGAGACUCUUCGUGGGAGGCAAGGAUCUUGUGUAUUCCCUCAGCUUAGAACACAUCAGCAGCGACUAUAGAGAGAUACACUGGCCAAGUACAGCAGUAAAAACAGAAGAAUGCAUAAUGAAAGGAAAAGAUGCCAGUGAGUGUGCAAAUUAUGUUCGGGUUUUGCAUCACUAUAAUAGGACGCACCUUCUGACCUGUGGUACUGGAGCUUUUGACCCCCUUUGUGCCUUCAUCAGAGUUGGAUACCAUUUAGAGGAUCCCCUUUUUCACCUGGAAUCGCACAGAUCUGAGAGAGGAAGGGGCAGAUGCCCUUUUGAUGCCAGCUCCUCAUUCAUCUCCACUUUAAUUGGUAGUGAAUUGUUUGCUGGACUCUACAGUGACUACUGGGGCAGAGACGCUGCCAUUUUCAGGAGCCUGGGGCGACUGGCUCAUACCCGCACUGAGCACGAUGACGAGCGCCUGUUGAAAGAACCAAAAUUUGUAGGUUCGUACAUGAUCCCUGACAAUGAAGACCGAGAUGACAACAAAGUGUAUUUCUUUUUUACGGAGAAGGCCCUGGAGGCAGAAAACAAUGCCCAGGCAAUUUACACCAGAGUGGGGCGACUCUGCGUGAACGAUGUAGGAGGACAGAGAAUACUAGUGAACAAGUGGAGCACUUUCCUGAAAGCUAGACUGGUUUGCUCAGUACCAGGAAUGAAUGGAAUUGAUACAUAUUUUGAUGAAUUAGAGGAUGUUUUUUUGCUGCAUACCAGAGAUCAUAAGAACCCAGUGAUAUUUGGACUCUUCAACACUACCAGUAAUAUAUUUAGAGGGCAUGCUAUAUGUGUCUAUCACAUGUCCAGUAUCCGGGCAGCCUUUAAUGGACCAUAUGCACAUAAGGAAGGACCUGAAUACCACUGGUCACUCUAUGAAGGAAAAGUCCCUUAUCCAAGACCUGGUUCUUGUGCCAGCAAAGUGAAUGGAGGGAGGUACGGAACCACCAAAGACUACCCCGAUGAUGCCAUCAGAUUUGCAAGAAGCCAUCCACUUAUGUACCAGCCCAUAAAACCUGCCCAUAAAAAACCAAUACUGGUGAAAACAGAUGGAAAGUAUAACCUGAAACAAAUAGCAGUGGAUCGAGUGGAAGCCGAGGAUGGCCAAUAUGAUGUCUUGUUCAUUGGGACAGAUAAUGGAAUCGUGCUGAAAGUAAUCACGAUUUAUAACCAAGAAACAGAAUCAAUGGAAGAAGUAAUUCUAGAAGAACUUCAGAUAUUCAAGGAUCCAGUUCCUAUUAUUUCUAUGGAGAUUUCAUCAAAGAGACAACAGCUCUAUAUUGGAUCUGCUUCUGCCGUGGCCCAAGUCAGAUUCCAUCAGUGUGACAUGUAUGGAAGUGCUUGUGCAGACUGCUGCCUGGCUCGAGACCCUUACUGCGCCUGGGAUGGCAUAUCCUGCUCCCGGUAUUACCCCACAGGCACACAUGCAAAACGGCGGUUCCGCAGACAAGAUGUUCGUCAUGGAAAUGCAGCUCAGCAGUGCUUUGGACAGCAGUUUGUCGGGGAUGUUUUGGAUAAGACUGAGGAACGAUUGGCCUAUGGCGUAGAGAACAACAGUACUUUGUUGGAAUGUACCCCGCGAUCUUUACAAGCAAAAGUUAUCUGGUUUGUGCAGAAAGGACACGACACAAGAAAAGAGGAGGUGAAGACAGAUGACAGAAUGGUUAAGAUGGACCUUGGUUUACUCUUCCUAAGGGUACGCAAAGUGGAUGCUGGGACCUAUUUUUGCCAGACAGUAGAACAUAGUUUUGUCCAUACAAUCCGUAAAAUCACCCUGGAGGUUGUGGAAGAGGAGAGAGUGGAGGAAAUGUUUAACAAAGACUACGAAGAGGACGGGCCUCACAAGAUGCCUUGUCCUGCUCAGAGCAGCAUCCCACAUGGAACAAAACCCUGGUACAAGGAAUUCUUGCAGCUGAUUGGUUAUAGCAACUUCCAGAGAGUAGAAGAAUACUGUGAAAAGGUAUGGUGCACGGAUAAAAAGAGAAAAAAGCUUAAAAUGUCCCCUUCCAAGUGGAAGUAUGCCAACCCACAGGAAAAGAAGCUCCGUCCCAAAGCUGAGCACUAUCGCCUGCCUAGGCAUGUGCUGGACUCCUGA